CUCGUUUCUUCUUUACCCACAAGCAUCCAAUUAUGACUACCCUCACUCCUCAACCGUCGAUCCCUCAGGCUGAAAGCCUCAUUGCAGCUGGUCUCGAAGCUCGUAUCCUCACACCUACGGAUGCCGAGUUCUCAGCUCGCCAAGAAUCAUACUGGUCUAACAGCGCCAAGAUCAAACCUGCUUGUAUCGUCCAGCCUCGUACCCCUGAAGAAGUCGCUUCCGUCGUGAAGGCUCUUGUUUCUGCUGGUCAGAGGUUUGCUGUUCGCAGUGGUGGACAUACAAACUGGGCUGGGUCGAACAACAUUGAGGGUGGUGUUACUAUUGAUCUUGUUCAUUUGAAUCAUGUGUCUUUUGAUGCUGCUACUGAGACAGCUGAUAUUGGACCUGGUUGUAGAUGGCGAGAGGUUUAUGCUGAGCUGAGCAAGCAUGGUCGUGCUGUUGCUGGAGGGCGUGAGGGCAAUGUUGGCGUUGCAGGUCUUCUUCUUGGAGGUGGCAAUGCUUUCUUCACAGCUAGACAGGGCUUUGGAUGUGACAAUGUUGUGUCGUACCAAGUUGUCCUUGCUAACGGUGAUAUUAUCACCGCCGAUGAGAAGAACAACACCGACUUGUACCGCGUACUCAAAGGUGGAUCAAACAACUUUGGUAUCGUCACAAAGUUCACUAUGAAGGCUAUCAAGUCUGACAAGGUCUGGGGUGGAAUGACUUUCUUCCCUAAGCAAGUUAUUCCUGGUGCCAUUGAGGCUCUCUCUGCUUUUACGGACAACGUGCCCAAUGAUAUUCACAGCAACCUUGUCACUAUUUUCACCCAUAUGCCUGAUUUCAAGGAUAUCGUUGUUGCUACUCUGUAUGCCAACAUGGAGGGUAUCGAGAAGCCUCCGGCGUAUGAGAAGUGGCUAGCUCUUCCCGAAAUCAUGAACACUGUCAAGAACACUACUCUGACUGAGAUGGCUUUUGAGUACAAUAUUCCUGCGAAUUUCUAUGACACCUGGUUCACAUGUUGCUUUAAGAACGACACCCGAAUCAUCACCAAAGCCUCAGAGCUUCACGAUAAACUCGUCGAAGAGCUCAAGGCAUUCAUACCCGACGGUAACUUCAUCACCCAAUGUCUAUUCCAGCCUCUGCCUACGCUCUUCGGCCAACGCGGCAUCGAAGCAGGCGGCAACAUCAUGGGCAUGGACCGUCAUAAGACCAACGGCAUUCUAUUUCUCGCUGUCGUCAUGGCACAGACUCCUGAGCAGGAGGCUUUUGCACGACCCAAGGUUCAGGCUUGGAUCAAGGAUGUGCAAGAGUUUGCUGCUACUAUUGAGGGAGGAAAUCUUGAGUGGACUUAUUUGAAUUAUGCGGAUAAGAGUCAGGAUCCUCUUGGUAGUUAUGGUGCUGAGAAUAUUAAGAAGAUGAAGAAUGCAGCGGCCAAGUAUGAUCCUGAGCAGGUGUUCCAGAAGCUGGUGCCUGGAGGGUUCAAGAUUUCGGACGUCAAGGAUGAAUAGAUGCAGCAUAGCAAAUGAUUGAUAGUUGAUCAUAUGAUAUCAACGACAUAUAUCACGCC